AAGUGAUCGGUGGAGUUUCUCCGGGGUUUGUAGCGUCUGCGAGAAGCUGGUCAUGGGGAACCGCGGGAUGGAGGAGCUGAUCCCCCUCAUUAAUAAGCUGCAGGACGCGUUCAGCUGCAUCGGCCAGAGCUGCCACCUGGAGCUGCCGCAGAUCGCGGUGGUGGGCGGCCAGAGCGCCGGCAAGAGCUCGGUGCUGGAGAACUUCGUGGGCAGGGACUUUCUGCCGAGAGGAUCGGGCAUCGUCACUCGCAGGCCUCUGAUUCUCCAGCUAGUCAACAAUAAAGCAGAGUAUGCGGAGUUCCUGCACUGUAAGAGCCGUAAGUUUGUGGACUUUGACGAGGUUCGUCUGGAGAUCGAGGCCGAGACGGACCGAAUCACCGGAUCUAAUAAGGGAAUCUCUUCGGUACCCAUCAACCUGCGCGUUUACUCGCCCAACGUGCUGAAUCUGACGCUGAUCGAUCUGCCCGGCAUGACGAAGGUGGCGGUGGGAGACCAGCCGGUGGACAUCGAGUACCAGAUCCGAGACAUGCUGCUGCAGUUCAUCUCCAAAGAGAACUGCCUGAUCCUGGCUGUCACGCCGGCCAACUCCGACCUCGCCAACUCCGACGCACUGAAGAUCAGCAAAGAGGUGGACCCUCAGGGUCUGCGCACCAUCGGCGUGAUCACCAAACUGGACCUGAUGGACGAAGGAACCGACGCCAGAGACAUCCUGGAGAACAAGCUGCUUCCCCUGCGCAGAG